UUACGAUGAAGAGAAAGCAGUGUGUAGAACAGACUCGUGAUCUCUGUGAUGUGAUAAAAAUAAAUGUUGAUGUAAAUGAAAUGAGCAUGCCGGAAGUGGAAGUGUAAAUAUCACAAUAAAACGAGCAGGAUGAGGAAAGAUAAGAACUGUAAAGUGAAGUAUAGUGUCGUUAUUCGCGCAGGUGAAGUAAAAAACGGGAGAAUUAUCGGAUCAUGACGACUCUCAAGAGAAAGUUAUUGCCCAAGACUAAUGUUUGUGAAACAGUAAAGAAGCGACUCCAUCAGCCGGGAGGUGGAGGAAGAGAACGAGGAGAGGAUGAAGAGCAGAGCUGCAGUCAGUACUUCCCCAGUGAAGAUGAUCAUGAUGAUGGAUCCAGACUGAGAUCCGACUUCUUUAACCAGCCAUGUGUUGAUUUAGCUAAAGCCCUUCUGGGUAAGGUGCUGGUGCGCAGGCAUCCUGAUGGCACAGAGCUGAGAGGCAGAGUGGUGGAGACCGAGGCCUACUUGGGUGGAGAAGACAAGGCAUCACAUUCGGCUGGUGGCAAGUGCACAGAAAGGAACAUGGCCAUGUUCAUGAAGCCUGGCACCAUCUACGUCUACCCAAUUUACGGCAUCUAUCUGUGCAUGAACAUCUCCAGCCAGGGAGAAGGGGCAGCUGUGCUGUUACGUUCCUUGGAGCCACUCCAUGGUCAGGAUGUCAUGAGGAGGCUGCGGGCUUCCAAGCGUAAAGAAGGCGCCAAGUCGGUGAAGGACAGAGAGUUAUGUAACGGCCCGUCUAAGCUGUGCCAGGCUCUGGACAUCCAGCGCUGCUUCGACCGCAGAGAUCUGGCCUCAGAUGCUGACAUGUGGCUAGAGACGGACUUGGAGUGGGUGACACCAGGAGAAAGAGAUGUGGUUUCAGCUCCACGGAUUGGAAUCGACUCCCAUGGAGAAUGGGCCACUAAACCACUACGAUUUUACCUGCGAGGUCACCGAUGUGUUAGUGUGGUGGACAGAGUGGCUGAGAGCAAGCAGUAGCACGUGAAUAUGUCCCAUGAGACCAAGAUGGAAUGAUGUUUUGAUGUUUUAAAAAACUAAGUGUUGCCAUAACAGGAACAAUCCAGGAAUAUUUGGAAACAUAAGCACAUGUCAAAGCCAAUGAUUUGAAGUGUUCUGUAAUAAAUCUCUCAUUCUGGGAGUGUG